CUGACCUUCCUUAUUCACUAUCAAAGCACCAGUCACAUGGUCUGAGUUCCAUCCAAUACCGACCAUGUUUACCCCUGCUAUCCGCUUCAUCGCCGCCAAACGGGCAAAAGCUCAGGGUGGCUCCAUUCAAUUGCUUUGCCAUGUCAAGCCGGGCGUUAACGCUAAUAGAGAGGGUAUCGCAGCUGUGUCGAAUGAGGCCAUCGAGGUCUGCGUCGCUGCACAGGCAAGAGAAGGGGAAGCUAACAAGGCUGUGAGGGAACUGUUAGCUGAAGUUCUCAACGUGCCCAAGUCCGAUGUCGAAAUCGCAAAGGGGAUGAAGGGCCGAGAGAAGACCGUCAUAAUCAGCAACAUCGCAACCAAGAACAAGACGCCAGAAGAAGAGAUUGAGAGGAUUAGGAUUAUAUUGCAAGAGAGCGUGGCUCGUUAGUGGAUUUGUUCAUUAUCGGCUCAGAACAUACCGGUCAGAGCGCUGAAACCCAGGCACUCGGGGCUGAGGGUCACAUUCGGGCGCUGGCCGUACACCUGCCAUGGUUUGCCUUCCACCGGGCAUGCAACGAGACCGCCGUCAAAGGUGAGAUGGCCGAAACUUUCAC